CAGGCAUGGAGGGGAAAAACACAACUGAAAAGCAGCAGAGAGAAGCUCCGUUCUGGACUGUUCUGACUCUGCCAAGGGCUGGAGAACAAUCCCACUAGGCUGGAGGAGGCAAGUGAAUGGACAGUUUAACGGGAAGGCACAUCAGGGCUGGGGCUCGAAAAGCUUGGACACCAGAGGGGUUGUUUGUUUUGAGACAGGGUCUCUUGUAGCCCAGGCUGUUCUCAAACAGGAUGACCCUGAAUUCCUGGUCUUCCUGACUCUGCUCCAGGGGUCCUGGGACGACGACGACGGGCAGGGUCCACCACACCCGGUUUAUGUGUGUGGUGGGCUAGAACCCUGGGCUUUGUAUAUAUUAGGCACUCUGUUGACAGACCUACAUGCCCAGCCCUGGAAUAACAGAUAUGGAGGUGGGGAGCUGAACGCCUGACUCUGGAAAGGUUUCUCAAAGCUAUCAGACAGUCAAGCAAGACCCAGGCCAUGAACCAGAGCCGGGGGUCCAGCGACAUAUGAUGGUUGAGAAUUAUGUAUCCAUCCACCACAGGUCUGGACCCAGUAAAAAUGCUCGCCGCCUGAGGUUCAGGCCAUGUACUCCUACGUCUGCCUGCCGCCUGGGGAGGGCGUCUGGCCUCGGCUGCAGCCCUUUGCCUACACCUACCUGCCCGCCCCUCUGCUGCUGCCGCCCAUCCAGACCCACAACUUCUGCAGCCGGCCGGCCCCGCGUGAAUUCCACUGUUUCCAUGGUGCGGGUGCGGCGCUGGCCUCCACGCCGCCCUGGUGGGCCUUCCCGCCGCCGGGUGCCGCGACCCUCGGCUCGUCGUUCCCCGCGGCCGGCGCGCCUGCACCCUCCCAGCCUGCGCCCGAGGGCGAGCGCUGGGUGCCGUGGCCCGAGGGCAGCAGCCUGCAGCUGCAGCUGCGCUGGGGACGCGUGGAGCGCACCCGGGGGCCGCCCCUGCCGCUGCCAGAUGCGCUGCGCCGCCAGCUGCGGCGCGUGUACGGCACCUACCCACGCACCGACGUGCGCGUCACCCAGCGCGGCGGCCAGUUCCUGCUGCGGGCCGCGCCGCGCGUGGGCGAGCCCGAAUACCGCGUGGCGCGGCGCGUGCUGCGCCGGCCGGCUGGUGGCGGCGAUGGCGACAGCGGGGACAGCCGGGCCGCUCCGGAGGCGGUGCAGGGUAACCGCCCCAAGAAAAAGCAAGGUCUGCGCUGAGCUCCUCCCCGCGCCUGCGCCCCUGCCUCCCCCCGCCCCCAGCUCUUCUGUCCCCGCACUAUGAUUUGUUUUGAGUUAUUGCUAGACGGUGCGGGAAAGGAGAGAAGGGGUUUCGGUCCAGAGGGUCUUGGGGUGAAAGCAGCACCUGGCUGCUUCUCCUCUCCCUCCUUAGCAGUCUGUGUGGACCCCACUUCCUCUCUCCCUCGUACUGCAGCACCCCAUCUCCCCAGCUUGGAAGGGGAAGUAAAGAAGUGAGUGAAGUCCAGUGUCCACUGCGAGAUCGUUUUUCUGCUCGGAAGUGGGCAUUUUGCCAUCUUGUAACUCGAGCCUUUACUCCGUGUGCACCCUGACCCCCAGGCCUGCUCCUCAGCACCUCUGCAGUGUGCGGUUGACAGUCUUCCAGACGUGUCUGCCUGGACUCACUAUCCAGAGACCUAGGGUGGUUUUGGAGUGUGGGAGUAGCUGGGAAGUGUCACCUGCGAGCUAGGUUCAGAGCCACGUGUCGCCUCUCUGAGCCCCUCAAUUAUCACAGCUGUAAAACACAUAAGGUUAGGCUACCUAGAUGUUUAGAGGAAUGUCAUUCUUUAAUGCAUUUAUUUUAUUUUAUUUUAUUUUUUUCUGGAGCUGAGGACCGAACCCAGGGCCUU